AUCAAUUUCAUACACCUAAAUUUAUUAUUAUGUAUUAUUUGUUUAUAUCACGUGAUUUAAAUAUAUCCAUUUUAUAUUUAUGACUAGUUUUAUCUAGAUGAACUUUCAAAAUACUAAUUUUCCAGGCAUGGUAGAACCAUCUCCAAAUAUUGGUGGGCCCAAUAUGCAAAAUUUUCCACCACAGAAUUUUCAAAUGAUGCCACCAUAUCCGCCAAAACAAUUUGGCAAUCAAGGACCUCCACCACCUCAAGGAAAUAUGCCAGGCGGUUUUCCUCCUAAUCAAUUUCCACCUCAAAAUUUUCCAAAUUCUAAUUUUUCCCAAUUUCGUCCUCCAUUGGGUCAAAUGGCUCCUGAUCCUAUGUUUGGAAAUUUUGGACCAACAAAUUUUAUGAAUCAGCCAGAUAGUUUUAUGGGAAAUAUGCCAUUUAACCAAAACUCAGCCAAUGAUAACAGAAUGCGAUUUAAUGAAGGGAUGAAUAAACCAAGAGGAAAUUUUCCGCCCCAGACAGACAACCAAACGAUCUUUGUUAGCAAUUUACCUGAAAGUAUUACUGAACAAGAUUUAAUAAAUCACUUUGGAUCGAUUGGUGUGAUUAAGAUUGAUAAAAAAUUGAGGAAACCAAAGGUUUACAUAUAUUGUGAUAAAGCAACGGGCAAGAGCAAAGGAGAAGCAACCGUAUCUUUUGACGAUCCUCAAACAGUUGAUGCUGCUAUAUCUUGGUUUAAUGGAAAAAUGUUUAGGAACAAAACUAUCAAAGUUGAAGUAGCCACUGCUAAGGAAUCACGAGUAGGACCUCCUGGCGGUUCUCCAUUUAUGAACGGACCUCCCCCUUAUAUGCCGAUGCAGCCUCAAGGAGGAAUGUUUCCACCUGCAAUGGGUGGACCCAUAGGCGGUUUUCCACCCAGACAGAGAGGCCCACCCCCUGGUUUCAAUCCUCCUGGAGACUUUCGUGGGGGACCACCACCUGGUAAUAAUGGCUACCAAAAUGAUGGUGGAGAUUAUCGUGAUGGAAAUGGAAGGAAUGAUAACCAACGUUAUGAUGACAAUCGAGAUAGUGGUCGUGGCAAUAAUCGAAAUAGCCGUGGUGGGGGAGGAAGUAGAGGAGGAGGUGGGGGUGGUGGAAGAGGAGGCGGUGGUAGAGGCGGAGGCGGUGGUAAAGAUAGGCGUGACCGUUUCAGUGAUGACAGAAGACGUGGUGGAAGUGGUGGUGGAGGAGGAGGAAGAGAUAAAGGCGGAAGUGGAGGCAGAGAUGGUGAUUGGGAGUGCUCUGAUUCUGGCUGCAAAAAUAAAAAUUUUGCAUGGAGAACUGAGUGUAAUAGAUGUAAAACGCCUAGAUCUGAAGGAGGUGGUGACAGUGGCCCCAAGGAAUCUCGUGGUGAUGGUGGCAAAGGAAGAAAUAGUUUUGGUGGAGGAGACAAAAGAGGAGGUGGUGGUGGAUUUCGAGGAGGAAGAAACAAUGAUAGAGGUGGAGGAAGAAGAGGGGGAAGACCAUACUAAAUACUCUACUAGUUUUCUAUUGAUGCUUUAUGUAUAUAUUUAGUUAUUUGAUAUUUGUACAAAAAUAUUAUUGUUUAGUGGUACAUUAUAUAAAAAUCUUUUACAAAUUUUACUAAAUAAAGAAUAUUGAAUAA